AUGAAUGUUUCGCCCAUAAGAGCUGUACAACUAACAUUAAGAGAGUCUGAAACAAUUAUUUUUGUAAUCAAUAAUUAGCUUGAACAAGUUAGUGCAUGGACUUUCGGUGAAGGCAAAGUAAGAGACUGCUUUCUUACACUCAUUUCUAAUAUUGAAGCUCAGCAUGAAAUAGCGUAAUUUUAAUUCAGAAUUUUUCUCUACAAGAGACAUAGAUUAUUUUCAAUAAAUUCUAAAGUCACACUUAUGGUGGUUUUGCCUUUAACAAAAGAGUUUAAAAUCGAGCCAAGAGAAGGAGGCUUUGCUUUUUGCUGGCUUGGAGAUAUGGACACAAAGUCUGAAAUUAAAGGAAAUGAAUUAGAAAUUUUAGAGCUGAUUAAUAAGCAUAUAGAAAAUGUAAGCAGAUAUCAACGAGCUCCGUUUUCGUCAGACUCAAACUCAUUUAAAUGAAUUUGGUAUUACCAAGAAGCUAUCCCAAUGAAAGUAAAAACAUGUGACGUUAACAUCCAGCGAGAUUUUAAACACCGAAAUACUGUGAUGCUAUUGCCUGAGCAUCAUGGAGGAAGAGCUAUGGAAACCUAUAUUAGUGAACAGCUCGUCAAAAGGGAAAGUGAGUUUACUGAAAAAAGAGAAAUAAAGCUUAUGGUAGGAACAUGAAAUACUUGUGGAACAGGUCCAGCUGAAGAACUUAGCUUAUGGUACAGAUGCCAAAAUGAUGAAUAUGAUAUGUCUAUUGAAGCUCCUGAUUUAAUUUUAUUGUCUUUACAAGAAAUGUGUAUAGCAUCUCGACUACUAUAGUCUGCCUGGAGCACUCUUUUCCAAACAACUUGAGCUCUGACGAAUCUUCUAAAGGUAGCAAGUCAAUUCCAAGUUGACAAAAGCGCAUACUUUUGCAAGGAUUUCUCAACGUGGAAUUAACUUGACACCUUUAGGUGCCUCAUCACAACUCCAAGUUGCCCUGGAAAGAUUGCGCCAAAGCAGGCUAUAGCAGUGCAGAGGCAAUAAAUUAAAUGCGAAAAAUAUUUCUGGGGAUGAAAAUCGGAAAAGAGAAUGAUGCAUUCAUUUGUGUGAGCAAGCAAAUGUAGCUUUCCCUGGAAAUGAGUAUAUAUUAGCAGCUGAACAAGAUUUAGUAGGACUACUGACCUUGGUUUUAGUUAAGCGCAGUUUAUUUGAAAAUUUGAAAAAUAUUGUUUGCUCAGUUGUGAAGCUUGGGUUCAAAGGAUAUUUAGGAAACAAAGGCGGCGUUUCUUUUAGAUUUGAUAUUUUUGACUCUUCAGUUUGCUAUGUGAAUUGCCAUCUAGCCCCCCAUAAAGGAGAAACGAGAUUGAGAAAUAAACACGUGAAAUUGUUGACGAAAUUAACGAAGUUUUUAGUUACGGCGAAAAAAACAAAAAAUAUGUAUGAGCACGAUUUUAUUUUUUGGAGUGGGGAUUUGAAUUAUAGAAUAAAUACUCUUGAUUUUAAUCAAAUUGUUGAAAAAGUGACAGGGAAGGAAUAUCAAUUUUUAUUGGAAAGAUUUGAUCAGCUUAAAAUUGAAUCGAGAAAAAACCAUAUUCUAGAGGACUUCAAUGAAGCUGAAAUAAGGUUUCCUCCUACUUAUAAAUAUGUAAAGAAUUCGAUUGAGCUGAGCUAUAAGUAAGAUUUAUUUAGCCAAAAGCGAGAUCCUGGGUGAUGUGAUAGAAUUCUGUGAAAGGGGAACGCCAUUUGCCAUCGGUAUGGUUCUUGCCCUUACCAGCUGCAAAGUGAUCACAAGCCUGUAUUUGGGUCCUUCACUCUGCCAGUCAAAAUAUCUAAUGCUCAUUUAAAAGAAAAAAUUGAAAAAGAAAUAAGAAUUACAAUAAAUGAAACAUUUUUGUCAAAUAAACCAACACUACGAAAAAUCGACCAAGAACCCUUAUUUGACCACGCAGAAUAA